CAUCAAAGCCCUAGCCGCCGGUCGCCGCCCGCCGCCCGCCUGCAACCAUGAGGUCCAAGGCCAACGGAGACGCCUCGUUCAAGGCCUCCGGCAAGCGCAAGGCCGCCGCCGGCGGGGUCGCCAAGCCGAAGCGCGCCCCCACGCCCUACUUCGUCUUCCUGGCUGAGUUCAGGCCCCAGUACAUGCAGGAGCACCCUGAGGCCAAGGGCGUCAUCGCCGUUACCAAGGCUGCUGGAGAGAAGUGGCGCAGCAUGUCCGAUGAGGAGAAGGCAAAGUACGGAAGCAAGAAGCAGGAGGUCAAGGAGACCAAGGCUGUGAGCAAGAAGGAGAGCACUAGCUCCAAGAAGGCCAAGACUGAUGGUGAUGAAGAGGAGGGAGAAGGUUCUGACAAGUCCAAGUCCGACGUUGAGGAUGAUGGCGAGGAGGAGGACGAGGAGUAAAUAGUAGCUUAGAGAACAGCGGCUGUACAUCAUCAGUGCUUGCUGCUUAGGGCUUAGCUUGCUAUGUUCCUUUUUAUGUAAUGUUAUUCUGUAAGGAGAAUGUUUAGAUGCGUACUCCUGGGCUGCGGCGUGCUGUAGGUGUAUCUGUUUGGCUAGUUCUGAAGAAAAGCUUAAGACUCUUGACUGCUUUUCUUUUGUGGACCUCCACAGCAUGUGUAAACAGCUAUCUUGCUUUCUUUUAUCAACUGAUCUGAUGACUAGCCCGCUGUUGGCUGUCCUGUGA